AAUAUUCCAAAAAAAAAUAUUAUAAUUAUUAAAUAUAAUAAUAAUAACAAAAAAAUUAUAAAUUAGUUGUUUAAAAUAUAAAUGCUUAAAAUACUAUUUUUAUCUCUAUUAAUAAUUUAAUCUUUCCAAUUUAAAGAAGAUGACCAAAAAGUAAAAGUUGAGUUAUAUUUCGAAUCCUUAUGUCCUGGUUGUCGUGAAUUUAUAAAUUCAUAAAUUUAAAUAACAUUAAAUACAAAAGACUUAUUAAAAAUUUUAGACAUAGAAUUAGUGCCAUAUGGAAAUGCUAAAAAAGAUUCUUAAGGCAAUAUUACGUGCUAACACGGAGAAAAUGAAUGUUAUGGAAAUUUAAUUGAAAAUUGUGUACUUUCUAAACUCGAAUAUCCCAAAAAUAUUAAGUUUGUGUAUUGUAUAGAAAAUAAAAUAGAAGAUAAUUAAUUAGAUUUUAAUAAAACAUUACAAGAUUGUUAUAUAGAACUAUAAAUAGCAUAAUAAACUUAAGGAAGUAUUUAAUAAUGUUUGACUUCUGAUGAAGGCAAAUAAUUAGUUAUUAAGGCCGGAGAGAAAACUGAUUAAUUAAGUCCUAAGCAUUAGUUUGUGCCUUGGAUUAUAGUAAAUGGAAUUCAUAAUGAUGAAGAAUAAUAAGCCGCAUAAGAAGAUUUACUUAUUUAUGUAUGUAGUAUUUAUAAAGGCACUAUUAAAAUCGAAGCUUGUGAUAAAAGAUUUAAAUGGUUCAAGAAAUACCUUAAAAAUUAAUCUUCUUUAGAAUUAUGUUAUGAUAAAUGAGUAAUAUUUUUGUUUUGUUUUUUUGUUCUAAUAUAUAAUAAAAGAGUACUAAAUAUAUUUAAUAAAUUAAUAAUGAAUUUAUAAUAGUUUGUUUAAAUUAAUAAAAGUUAUUUUUUUGUAUAAAUAAAUAAAGUGAAUUUU